AUAUCAAUUGAUGAUAUUUACAUUACAAUUAAUAAUACCAAUAGUGUUGUUCAUAAUAGAAACAGUUGAUGAAAAAAAAUUAAAAUUAAAUAUUUUUACGCAUAAUAUAUCAACUAUUUUUAUAAAUUCAUCUAUUGGUCAGUAUGUGGGUGUAUUGAUAUUCUUGAAUAAACGUUUCGAAAUAAUCAAUUAUUUGAUUAUAAAAUUUCCAACAUUUAAUGAUAACAAUAAUCCAUGUGAAAUAAUGAUGACAAAUGGAUUCAGAAAUAGUCUAUCGAAAAUGGAGUUAAAAUUUAUAAGAGGCAAUUAUUAUAAUUAUUACAAAAUAACAGAAGCUGUUAAAAAAUUUUAUUCGCCGCUUAUUUUAGUUGUGGUUGUACAUUGGUCACUUUCAUUAGCAUACACUUCUUAUGUGAUGUUAAGAUACAUUAUCUAUGAUAAAGAUGUUACACUAAUGAAAUAUGUUAUAGAAAUUUUAUGGAUUUUACGUACUUUGUUUCCAUUUGCGCUUUUGACCGGUAAUGUUACUGCAAUUAAUAAUCAAAUCAAAAACACGCCAUUGUUAAUUCAUUCUAUUAUGGCAACAUAUCCGAUGAGUACCACGAUGAAAGAUGAAUUCAAGUUAUUUUCAAUGGGACUAUUGCAUAGAAAUUUUAAGUUUACAGCUUGUGGAUUGUUUUAUAUUGACAAUCGUCUCUUAUCAGCGAUAAUCACCACGACAAUAACAAACAUGGCCAUCUUGCUACAACUUAACCACACAUAGUUAUUAAUGAAAACAAUGAAAUAGAUUCGUUAUUGUUCAAAGUAACUGCCAGUUAUGUUUUUAUAUGUCGACUAUCUCGUUUAAUAGAUAUUGCUUCCGAAUAAAUUUUGGAAUAAUGAUGUUUUAGAGGUCAUCUUUACAAGUACUUCGCAUCACAGAUAUUUUUCUGCUAAAUAAGUAUCAAAUACAAAGUUUUUUUUAUGUGUAUGAGUUAUUAAAUAUCAAUAUCCACAAAGUGACAUAGUUAUCUCUUAUUGUAAUUUUUUACCUGAACAUCAAAGAUUAUUUUCGUCUAUAUGAAGGGUUCUGAAAGACAUAAUGGUUGAUAGUUACAUCUCAAGGACAUUAGCAAACUUAACACCGCUGAUGUUGAUGUCACCUGCCCUAGAGUACUCUCUACAAGUACGACCAGAGCCAAAACUCUGUAGUGCGUUUCAAUGCGUUAGGCCGGCAGUAAAUGAAGACGGAUAGUAGCGUA